UCGCCCGCCGAGGCGCCAUGGAGAACCUUGACAAACUUUCCGCUACAGGCCUGCCCGUAUUCGACCUCAACAAGGAGAGCCUGCUCCAGAAAGACUGGUCGCAGUCCGCAUUAGGUCCCCGCGAGUCGUGGCCAGCGUCGCUGGCAUGUCUGGUCAACACCUGUGUGCUGCCCAUGCCCCACUGCUCGGCCAUUUUCUGGGGCAAGGACAUGACUGUCAUACACAACCUCGCUUGGGAGACGGCGCGGGGCGGGCUCGACGGCCAGGCGUCGAGCGCGCGCGAGAGCUAUGAACAUGAAGCCCUGGCGACGCUGCGAACGGUGCUCAGAGGGCGAACGGUCAAGGUAGCCGCCAGGUACUUCCUGCCCGUGCUGUCCAAAGACAAGGACGAGCAGCUCGUCCUGAGCACUAUUCUCGACGAGAAUGGCACUCGCCAGGGCGUCCUGGCACAGCUGCUCGAGAACCAAAAGACGGACCAGUACAUGCCCAUUGAAGGCCUAGAUGAGCUUGCGCGCAAGAACCCAGGGUCAAAGCUCAAGGACAGCGAAUCCCAGCAAACGGGCAGCCACUCUAGCACCAAGCAGGCCGAUUCCAUGCAGACCAACAUGUUUCAGCGAUUUGCCGAGCUGCUGCCAAACGGCCUGGCCAUCCUGGACAAGGAUGCUGAAGCCAUAUUCGUCAACGAGGGCUUCUUCAAACUGACGACAAACAAGGGCAACAACGAGUUUCGCUCCUGGCCCGAGAGCAUACAUCCCGACGACUACGAGGACGUCAUGUCCGCCUACCGCAAUGCCUUUGAAAGUCGGACAGAGCUGCAGAUAGAGUUCAGGUGCGACGUUGCCGAGCCUGCUGCCAUGGAGGGUGAGCAGUGGAGAUUGUUCUUGCUGAAGCCCCUGAGCGAAGAAGCUGAUGCCGGUUAUAUCAGUGCCGUGAUCGACAUCACCGACAUCAAGCAGGCUCAGUUGACCCAGGAAAAGGCUGCCAACGAGGCAAAGGAGCGCAAAGAACAGCAAGAGAGAUUCAUAGACAUGGUUUCGCACGAGAUUCGUAACCCGCUCUCGGCCGUACUCCAUCUAGCCGAAGAGGUCAAGGAAAUUACCAAAGACAUGGGUGCCAACCACGAUGACAUUCACGACCAAGUAGCCGACAUCUUAGAUGCUGCUGACACCAUUCUCCUCUGUGUCUCGCACCAGAAUACCCUAGUCGACGAUAUUUUGUCCUUUUCAAAGCUAGACUCUAUGAUGCUAUCUCUGGUUCCUCGCGAAACGAGGCCAAAAUGGGAAUUCUCUCAAUCACUGCGAGUCUUCCACUCCGAGUUCAAAGCGAAAAACAUUGAAUUCCAUUACGCCAUGGACGUUUCAUAUGAGAAGCAGCAGGUAGACAAUGUUGUGGCUGACCUCAACCGCAUGAAGCAGGUUCUCGUAAAUCUCAUUACCAACGCCAUCAAGUUUACGUCGAGGAAAAAGGGCGAAAGAAAGAUAACCGUAUCCGUGGGUGCAUCGAUUGAACGGCCUACGUCGUAUCCCCCUAAUGUCGUUUACUUCAGCGAGGAGAAAGAGGCAUUCCAUCUGGAUUCAACAAUGACAUCGGAAUGGGGGCCUGGAGACGCCAUGUACUUGAUGGUAGCUGUCAAAGACACUGGCAUAGGCAUUAGCAAAGAAGGUCAAGCCAAGUUGUUCGAACGCUUCAGACAAGCAACGCCAAAAACACAGGAAAAUUACGGGGGCUCGGGCCUAGGCCUGUUUAUAUCACGCAAGUUAUGUACUCUACAUGGUGGAGAUAUUGGCGUAAGCUCCAAAGAAGGCGAGGGCUCCACAUUUGGGUUUUUCUUCAAAGUGCGUCGUGCAGUUGGAGGCAACGAUCAGGGGCGACCCUCUAUGCAAUCUCGGAGCACUUCGGAAAGUUCAAACACUGCUACGCGACCGUCAGAUAAUUCUGGAUCAAGGCCACCUCGCCCCAGUUACAGUCGAAGCAACUCCAACCUCCAGUCCAUCAAGGAGCAGAAGGGUGAGCGUCCUGAGGCGAAAACACUGGCUAGCCAUGACGGAGUGAACACUGAUGAGAUGAACCCUUCGCUCAUGAACCCACCCGUGGAAGAACGACCAGAGUCACAUCCGGAAUCAAGCGCAGAUCGGCGUUAUGAGGAGACUGCAUCCGCUACGAAAGACAUUGUGUCACAAAAGCCGCAGAUUGAGAGAAAACUGCCAGAUCUCCGUCGCGGAGAGACUUCAAGACAAGAAGAUGGCGCCGACGAAAUAUCGCGGUCACAAAGCGAUCCUCGCACCCAAGAAAGCCACACUCUUCUUCUUGUCGAGGACAAUCUGAUCAACCAAAAAGUUCUUCGUCGCCAACUCCAAUCUCGCGGGUUUCAAGUCUUCACAGCGAACAACGGACAAGAAGCCAUCGAUGCUGUUGCUGAGCGAGGUCAGCAGGCGCAGAACAGUCCAGACGAGAGAAAUUACUUUGAUGUCAUACUCAUGGAUCAAGAAAUGCCCAUCAAAGAUGGAAAUACCGCGACGCAGGAGAUCAGGCAGCUACAGGACGAGGGCAAGGCGGGUUAUAGCCAUAUUCUAGGUGUCUCGGCAAACGUAAGAGAGGCACAGACGAAGAGUAUGCGCGAAGCUGGAAUGGAUGACGUCAUUUCCAAGCCGUUCAAGGUGGAGGAUUUGGUGCGCAAAGUGCGAAGCCUUGUACUGGAUGGCGGCGGCAGUGCAAAGCAUGACAACAGACCAAAUGGAGUGCCAAGUCCGAAAAGAAACGCUUCGAGAAACAGUCUCAGCCCUCGAGAUGCCGAGCGACGAGAACACACUGCAGAUUCUGAGGGGGAGCGGGAGAACAAUGGUCGUGGUGGUUCGCGGAACCGAUCGCGAGCAGAGGUCAGAAAAGGACCACGAUUAGACGAGCUACCGUCUUGAAUACCAUAGUCUUUCAAAGUCAGAGACAACUUUACAAGUUUUGGUCUGUAUGGCGUGUUGGUGUAGAUGGCUGUCUUUGUCCAUUUCCUUGAUUACAGACCUGCAUUGCAUUGCAUGGUGUUUGGGCGCUUUAAGCCGUGCUGUACGGGAAGAUCGAUUGAGACUUGUGGAGAGAGUCCCAGAUUUACUUACACUUGUAUUCAGCCUAUCCACUAAACACGGCCCGUCAUACAGGUGCGUCACUGGUAUG